GCCGCGAAGUAAACCGAACAGACCAAAUUGUCUUACGAGCAAACAUUGAACGCCCGUGGUACAGUGAGGUGUGUUCGUAAUAUAAUUUUAUCGUUAGACGAAGAAUCGCUUGUGGUUUGCAUACGCGAGUAGAGUAACCGUCCUGUACGAUUACCUUGCGAGCGAUGCCGUUCAUAUCAAAGGAUUGGCGCAGUCCUGGCGAAGAAUGGGUGAAAACCGUGGAGGGUUGGGAAAAGAAAAAAAUCCUCGAGUGCGCUAACAAUAAAACACUUUCUCUCUUGCUUCGCGGCGAUAAGGAUGCGCUUGACAAAAAGGAGAAGGAUAAAAAGAAAGAAAACGCCGUCCAGCCGCAUUGCCGCAUCACGCUGAAAUGUACCCGUGAGAUCGCCGGUUUCAACGGUUUAAGCGAUGCACUGAAAAGGCUGGACUUUUUAUCCGCGGUACAUGAUUGCCGGCGUUUCAAUUACAUUGUGCGAUUGUUGGAUCUUCUGGUCAGUCACAGGAUGGGCGGUCUCAGUGGAUGCGCUCAACGGGUUCUCUUCAAUAUGUUGGAAGAAGUGGCGUUAGAAGUGUCGUUAUCGCAGCAGCAAACCGGAAAACUUCGUCGGUUAAUUGAAAGAGUGCGAGCUUUUAGCACGGGUUGUUGUUGGGGCGGUAGACCAUUGGGUUCGGUAAUUUUGUGGGAGAAACACAAAGCCGCCCUAGAGAGAAUAUUGCAAAUUGCCUCUUCCAUCACCAUAACUCAGCCGGACGAGGAACAGCAGCCACAGUGGUCGGAUUUACCCGCAGAAUGUCGUCGGGAGGUUCUGCUUCGUCUCAGUGACCCACGAGAUAUCGAGGCGUCCUCGGAGGCUUGUGAACAUCUAGCUAUUCUCGCGCAGGAACAAAGAAUUUGGCGGGAACUUGCCCAAUAUCAUUUCACGCCCCAGCAAAUAGCCUCUACUAGACAACGCAAUCCUGGAAAAGACUGGAAGACUAUAUUCACUAUUGCACGAAGGUCGUUUGGUUUGCGAGAAGAAUACGCAGAGAUAAUUCACUUGUGCCGCAAUUGCCGCUGUCUGUUCUGGCGAUCGCUUGGACAUCCCUGUAUCGCUGAUCAAGAUCCAGCCUUUCAGGAGAAACUGGCAGACGUGGAUCGAGCAUCUCUUCAUGUUCCAAUUCCUCCGCAAACUUUCCUUAAAUUCUUUUCCCUAUGAAACAAACAUACAAACAGACAGAGAAAGGGAAACAAGGGAUCUACGCUUCUACAUUUCUAGCUUUUACUGGCAAAACAACAAGCAAUGAUAAGAAAGGUAUGCGUGCGAAUUGGUACAACGUACAACAUCAUCGGUUUUCUUUGCUUUAUCUUGUCUUCGAUAAACGCAUACGUCUUUGCUUAAAUAGCUCUAACAUUGUCCCUGAUCGAGGGGGGAGGGGAUUCUUUUUAUUCGUCUAUUCUUCAUUUCACGAAUCGUAGAAUUUAUUUAAUGUAUAUUCACGUAUUAAAUUCGAUGAUCGUUACGUAUAUUACGCUGAUUAAAUGCGUAUAUAAGUGCACAUUGAUUUCGUCGAUAAAAUUUUCGUGGCAAACAUACGAUGAUAGUGCCGUUUACUUAUUAAAAUAUGACUUACUUACUGAAAAUACACUUAUGGUGUAUGUGCGUCUGUAGAAUUUAUUUUGCAGCGGCACUGUUCCUUGAAACAAGGUUGCGUUGCCGUUUUCGGCAGCUUUAUCGGUAUUUCGUUCGUUCAUCGAAAAAUCUUUUCAUUCAUUAAUUAAUGAUCGAUAUUUAUUUUCUAAUUAUUUUCGCAAUACUGUUUAUUAUCAAUAUUGUGUAUAUUCCGUGCACAUAUAUUCCUUAUGCAUCUUUGUUUCAUACAUUAUUGCUAUUGUCGUAAUCAUCAUAAUCAUCGUAGAACAGGAAUUGACAUCCCAUGAAUAAUGUAGUUUCUUGGUGCUAGCUUUCGGUGUCAAAUAUUUUUCAAUCAUCGAUAUAUCGACCACUUUCGUUUUCGGUAAUCAUUCGUUAUUUUCAAAUGACAUUUGUAUUACUUUUUUAAAACAUUUGAAUUCAAUUUGAAUGUUGUAUUUAAGAAGUCACACUUUACUAAUUCCAAUUGCCCGGUAUAGUCGAAUCUUUGAUUAAAUAUUGUUGCAAUGAUUAGAAUAAAUGGUAAUCGUUUUAUGCAUGAUCAGAAGAAUAU